UGCCGCCGCCGCGCCUCAGCAGCCCGCGCGGAGCCAGAUGCCGCUCCCUCCGCCGGUCCCUCCCCCGGCGGCCUGGCGCCUCCCUCCCUCCCUCCCCACCGCGGUGACUCUCGGAGCGGGAGGCGGAGGCUGAGGCGGCCGCUCCUGCUGCUGCUGCUGCUGCUGCCGCCGCCGCCACCGCCGCCGCUGCGGCUGCUCGAGCUGAGCACGCCCCGGAACAGGCCGCCGCGCGCUGCUACCCAGACCCGCUGCCCCCGCCGGCCCGGCCGGGUCAGACGGCCCAGGGCGGCACCUUCCUACUUCUCCCCGGUCACAGUCCUCCCCUCACAGUUGAGUACCUGUUUGCCUGAGGUUAAUUUCCAGAAGCAGGAGUCCCCAGAGCCGGGCAGGGGGAUGAACCGCGAGGGAGCUCCCGGGAAGAGUCCGGAGGAGAUGUACAUUCAGCAGAAGGUCCGAGUGCUGCUUAUGCUGCGGAAGAUGGGAUCAAACCUGACAGCCAGCGAGGAGGAGUUCCUGCGAACCUAUGCGGGCGUGGUCAACAGCCAGCUCAGCCAGCUGCCUCCGCACUCCAUCGACCAGGGUGCAGAGGACGUGGUGAUGGCGUUUUCCAGGUCGGAGACAGAAGACCGGAGGCAGUAGCUGCAAAGCCCUUGGAACCCCCUGGAUGCUGUUGAGGGCCAAGAGAUUUGUGUGGCUUCUGGGCCAGCUGAGUGGCAGCAGACCCCCUUGCCCCACCUCUCCCUUCCCCUACCCAACCCUGCCCUGCCCCACCCUGCCUCACAGCUACUCAGUGGGGCUGGCAUCAAGGGAGACACCAGUGGUGCGUUUAUGAUUGGCUUAAAGGGUUGGACUUGUGAUUGGCUGCAGGAAGAAAACCUUUUUAUUUUUAAAUCUUGACCAACAGAAACCUUUUAUUUUUAUUUCUGACUCUUAUUUUAAAAAAAAUUUGCGCCUCGGUAUCUGGCUUCCCUGGAAGCUCUCCGAGCUCUGGUGCUUUAGUUAGGUCAUUUUUUAGAAAUGUGAAGAGGUCUGAUUGGCUGCUUACACUGGAAGGGACUGUGAUUGGCUGGUUAAUGGGGAACCGGUUUUUUUCUUUGAUUGGCUGCAGGUGUUCUGCUGAUAGCAACAGCUUUCCUAUCUUGAAUGGAGAAAACAGGGUUUGGGACAUUAGUCGUUAUAUUUGACUUGAAAAAAAAAAAACCAAGUGCGCUUUGCAAUAUUUAUUACACAAAGAACUUGCUGCUGCCUUCACAUUUGGGGUUCGUGUUUGAGUUUGACUGGCUUUCGGUGUGUGUGUGUGGUUUCCCAUUGGUUCACCCGUGACUCCUAUUGCCAUGGAUUUACCCAUCUGCUGCUGGCUCUGGGCCUGAGGGUCCACCCGGACAGCACAUUUACUUCAAUGAGUGCACCUGCCUCUACCAGCAAGGGGACCCCUAGGACCCUAAGCAGGGUCCACAGCUGGAAAGCUGGGCCCCCGAGGAGCUUUGCACCGUCUUGAACAAGCAGCCCAGGGCCUAGAGGUAAAUGUUAGGUGGGAUUUAUGUGCAUUGCCUGCAUGAGCUGGCAAGCAGCCACCGUCUCUUGGUGAGAAAGGGAUUGCCGAGGCACCAUCCAGGCCCCCAGCUGGGCCGGGCCCAGCAGACGCACGCUGCCCAGCUCUGUCCUCUUUGCCAGCCUUCUGUGUACCCACUUCCUGAGGCCUCAUUUUGGGGGUCCUCUUGGAAGGGGAAGAGCUGUUCCCAGUGUGAGACCCCAAAAGACUCUGGAGGUCAUCUAGCAGAGGUCUCUACUUGGGAGCCCAGAACCCACAUAAAAGCCCCAGCUUGGCUCACAAGGCCCAGGAGACUUCCAGCUCCAAACACCAACCCUGACCUACCCCAGCUGGGCUCCCACCUGUCUGCUGCCAGCACAGUGGGUCCUGCCAGCACUGGAGUUCUCUCAUCCGAGGCCUGUUCCCUCUACCAUCCACUGCCUUCAGAAGGAUUGCUCUCCAUGGAAGGGACAGUGUCGUUUGUUUAUGUAAAGUGCUACUGCGAUGGCUGCCUGGGCCUUCACCAAGCAAGUCCCUUCAGACUGGCCCUUCAGCCAAACUUAAGCCCAGAAUUGCAGUUCAGAGUGGCAGUCCUGGAGGUGGGGUGGGGGUGCAGGUCUAGUGUUCCUGCAGGAACCCUAACUCUUCCCACCUGCCACCCCUCCCCGGGAGGGAAGUGGGCCUCCAAUCUCCCUGGAGUACUCGCAUGUAUGGAAUCUGGGGAGAGGGGCUGGAGAAAGAUGCAGUCCUCAGGGAGGGGCCUCUACCCUUCCCCUACACUGGUAGAUGGCUGAGGCCCCGAGGUGCCCAGAACCAGGGGGACCCUUUCAGAGCCAAAUCUUUCCCUUUUUCAGGGCUUGGGGCUCAGGCCACAGGGGCUCCUGAGUAUCAUGAAGUGUGCAGGAGCCAAAUGACCAAGCCCUGGAGAGCCCCAUGGUUGGUGGGUGGUUCACAGUGUGCUCUGGCACCAUCAGCCUGUUCCAGAAGGAGGAUUCGAGCGUCAGACUAUGACCCUGUGUCCUCCUGUGCACUCACCCCUAGCCCUGGUUAGCUGACAGCCUCUGAUCCCCAGGGAACAAGGACAGUGGGGAACACAGCUGCAGCUGAGAACAUCUUCUCAGGAGGGUAGCGCAUGUGUGUGUGUGUGCUGUGUGAGCAAGCACACACCCACGUGGACACUCACAUACAUGCACGCACACAUACUCUCCCAGCUCAGUGGCCUGGAGGUCUGGCUGAGCCCCUGGGGAAAGGUGAGUUACUUCGUCUCCCUCCUCCGGGUCAUAGUGCCUGGAAUCAGGUGUCGAGGCCAUGUUGCUGGCUACCCCCUCUUUGUACCUGUAGCUCCUGUAAAGGGCCUGCACCCGGUGGAUACCUGGUUGACUGUGUGGUCUCGGCCCAAGCCUGUCCUUGUCACGAUCACAGGCCUUGCUCUUGUAACAAUAAUGACCCCGGUCUGUCUCAUCUUCUGAAGAGGAAAAGUCAAAGUGUUGCUGUGGCUUCAUAUUUCAACUAAAAAUAUAUCUGUUGGAGAAAGAAAUUAACAAUAAAGAAUUUUCAUAGG